UCUAAAACUUUUGAGUGCCACGAACGCACAGAUGGCGAUGAGGUGUAAGGAUGAUAGCUUGACAUGUGAAACUCAGAGAUCAAAAUCACAGCGUUAGCAACCAAACAACAACCGAAACAGCGUCGCUUUGAAAUAAACCAAACCUCGCCACAUUUCUUCUCUUCAUUCUUCUUCUAAGCUUUCUAGAAUCUUCACUUCAGAACCGAAGCCAUGGCGGAUCGGUUCUUCCCCAACCCGAUGCCCGAGUUCGUGCCCGAAACGACGCCGUCCACUCCUCAGGAAGAAGAAGAAGCCCUCACAGUGGGCGACUCGCUCCCGAAGCUCCUCGCCAUGCCCCACGCGCCACUCUUGGAGCGUCUCAAACGCGCCGCUCUCGACCUCAAAGAAACCAUAGUGAUAGAAACGUGGGGGCUGUCCGGGCAGCAGGUGCGCGACUUCACUCUCUAUUGCGGCGUUCUGGGCACCGCGUUUCUGCUCUUCAAGUCUUACCGAGUGACCGGCAACGGGAACGACCUGUCUCUCUGCUCCGAGAUUGUAAAGGCUUGCGAUGCCGCUUCGGCUCGUUCCAGGGACGUCACGUUCAUUUGUGGGCGUGCUGGUGUGUGCUCUCUCGGAGCUGUCGCUGCGAAACACGCUGGUGAUGACGAGUCCCUAAAGUAUUACUUGGCUCAGUUCAAAAAGAUUAAGCUGUCAAAAGAUCUUCCUGACGAGUUGUUAUAUGGAAGGGUUGGUUUUCUAUGGGCGUGUUUGUUCUUAAACAAGCAUCUUGGUCUGGGGACAGUUCCUUCCAAUUAUACUGCUGUGGUUGUCGAUGAAGUCAUUAAAAAUGGAAGGGCAUUGGGUAGGAAGGGAAGAUGCCCGUUGAUGUUUGAAUGGUAUGGAGAGAAGUACUGGGGUGCUGCGCAUGGAUUGGCUGGGAUUAUGCAUGUGCUGAUGGAUAUGGAGUUGAAGCCAGAUGAGCUUGAGGACGUCAGGGGAACUCUCAAGUACAUGAUAAGCAACCGCUUUCGCAGUGGAAACUAUCCUGUUAGUGAAGAUGAUAGGAAGAGCGAUGCUCUUGUGCAUUGGUGUCAUGGAGCUCCUGGAAUGGCACUCACACUUGUCAAAGCAGCUAAGGUUUUUGGAGAUAAAGAAUUCCUGGAUGCAGCUAUAGAAGCAGCAGAAGUGGUUUGGAAUCGUGGUCUGCUUAAGAAAGUUGGGAUAUGCCAUGGUAUUAGUGGGAAUGCAUAUGUCUUUCUGUCACUGUACCAACUUACCGGGGAUGUGAAGUACUUAUACAGGGCCAAAGCUUUUGCUUGCUUUUUGCUUGACAGAGCUCAUAAGCUGAUAUCUCGAGGGGAAAUGCAUGGGGGUGAUAGACCAUAUUCAAUGUUUGAAGGGCUAGGGGGCAUGGCUUACCUCUUUUUGGAUAUGAGUGAUCCUUCCUUGUCUAAAUUUCCAGCUUAUGAACUCUGAGAAUCUACAUGUUUUGGAAAGGAGACUAUGUAUAACCGUAUCUCAUAUGACCAAUGUAAAUGUUGUCAAAAUAAAAUGAGUCAGUCUUGGUAGGGAUAUAUAUAUACUUUUUAUGAAGUUUGAGUUAUGUGAGAACCUUGUGCUUUUUAAGCAAUUGUGUCAAUUUCCUCUA